UUUUGUUUUUGUUGCAAUUUAUUGACAGUUGGCGGCCACCUCCGAAAGAAACGCUUCUAAAAAAAUAAGUUUAAGAAAGUUAAAAUUUUCCCCAGCAAAUCACAUUAUUUUUCGAGUUUUUACUUGAAAAAAACACAGCGAUGGCAAAACGCAAGAUUAAAUUGAGCUCUAAAAUGGCUUCUUCCGAUGGUUCGAAACGGGCCACGAUUGGUGAUGGUGGCGGAGGUGGCCUCCUCCAGCAACCGAAGGUACAUCCCGCGUUGGACGAUUGCUACCCACUAAACAAGCUGUGCCGUCUGUGUCUGCUUUCGAACACGAACAUGGAACCGAUCUUUGCCUACACCGGGGACAUUGAACUUUCCCAGAGGAUUUUCCAGUGCACCGGAUUGGAGAUUCACGAAAACGAAGAAAAGGGCAUCCCGACAUCGAUCUGCGGCCAGUGCAAGCGCCAGUUGGAUCAGUGCCACGAGUUUCGUACGCUCUGCUGGAAGAACAACGACGUUCUGCACAACUUGAAUCUUAUCCUGAGCCCGAGAAAGGUCCGCCCGGCAGCAACGCCAACGAUGAUGAGUGCCGUUCCGAUUGUCCAGGUUGAGAAGCUCAAGAUCAGCCCAAGUUUGUUGCCAAAGCAAAACAAAGCUGCCAGCUCGACGAAGCAACGGGGCAGCUCCAAAAGCUACGGCGAAGUGGCGCUUAGCCAGCUUUACUCGCCGUCCAAGCGUGGCCACAAGGCCGCCAAGCUGUCGAACCGCUUCACGCGCGAGCUGGUCAUUUGUCUGACCCCGAUGCCGCAGACUCUGCUCAACAAGUACAAGAAAAAGGUCGCCAAAACGCAGACGAAGGCCGCGAUGAAGUCGUUUCCCCCGACGCAGCCCACCAAGAGUCCGAAGCAGUUGGCCACACCCGGCAGGAAGUCGGUCAAGCCGUUGAAAAUUAAAAUCGCCAAGCCGAAGACGUCGAAGUCGGAGAAAACGCCGCCGGCGUUGGCCAAAAAGGCGAAGGCCAAACCGGUUGAGAUUGCGGUUCCACCGAAGAAGAGAAAGCAGCAUUUUGAACCAGUGCCGGAGGCUAAGGUUUUGGCCAUUUCCUGCUCGCUCUGUAUGCAGUCGUUCAGCAAUAUGAAGAACCUGGCGCGACACACGGCGGCUCAUGAGAAUGACUUGCUUGUUGAUUUACUGAACCGCAAGCAGAGCCGCGUCUUCAACUGUGACGUCUGCCAGAAGGAAUACCUGAAGGCGUCCCAGCUGACGGACCAUCUGCGCAGUGCCGAGCACGUGAACAAUGCCGCCAACAACGCCCCGGACGAUGCCGACGUGUCGAUCCUUCCCGACGAGCAGUCCAUCCUGCCGGACACGAACGGACAGCAGGACAACAUCUCAACGACGGUGGCGUCGCCCACGGACGAGGUGGGCCGGCAAGUGGCGUCCUCGGAUGCCGAAGAGGAGGAGGAGGCGAUGCCGCAGCCACGACCGGCGCGCCGGCAGCUGAGUCCGAUUUCCGUCGACAGUGAUUCGCUCACGCCGGACGGCGUUCAGUACAGUGACGUUUGCUCGACGAAUAACGAGGAAAGCCUGCUGAACGGUUCGACGGCCAGGCGCGUGUCGUUUGCGGAGGUCACGGAAAUCCUCGACUAAUUGGAGUGGCGUCGUUUUAUAAUUUACAGAAUAUCGUAAUACUUUGUGUUGAAAUCAAAGCAACUGAUCAUUAUAUUUAAAUUUAGAACAUAAUUUCACUGUACCAGUGCAGGCAACAUACUAUAUCGUUCGUAACGGCGUUUAUUCAAUAUUUGAAAGAUCUUGAUUUGUCACAUUUCAGCCGUAAUGUGAACAAUUCCUGCUUACUUUUUCAAAAGGUCCUAUUAACAUAGGAAACCCAUGGUGCAUUGGUUGUUUUGACUC